AUGAAAGUUUGAGAACCUCUUUCUUCCGUUCUUUUUUUCUUUAUCUCAAGCCUAUUCUUCUUCUUAAUUACUAGAUCUCUCUUUUGUUUCAUCUUUUCUUUGCUUUCUCUUAUCUGGCGGCUCUAACCAGCUCUCGAGUUGUUCGUUUCUCUGGUUAAUGGAUACUGAACCCUCUUGGGAUCUUGGGGGGGUGGUAAUUUUUUUUUCUAAAUUGCAUGGCAACAUCAAAUGACCAAACCAAUAACAAAUCAUCAUAUUCUCACACUCUUCUUCUUCUCCUCGUAUUAUUAUCUUUUAUUCUCUUCAUUGGCCUUACAAUCCCAAUGACUCAUCAUCAAUCCACAUCUACGGUUGUUCCCUUCAAGAGGAUUCUUCUUAAAUCUUCGGCUCCAGCUUCAUUCACGAUGGAUUUGCGUCCAAAUGAUCGCCCACGACCCAGCCGCACUUCUAGAAAGAGAGAGUUUGGAAAUGAUGCUCAUGAAGUUCCUAGUGGUCCAAACCCUAUUUCCAACUAGGUGAGCUGGCAUAUUUGGUUUUACCCCUGAGUUUAAAAGAUAAGUUUUUUAAGAUCGAUAUUAUGUUAUUAUAUUGGGAAAAGCCUCUGAUCGAUGGAGAUUAGAGAAGAACUUAAUUGUUAUGGAUUUAGUAUAUAUAUAUUGAAUGGAUUGGUUUGGUACGUACCGUUCAUUUCCCUUCUAAUAUUUUGUUCGUUUUAAAAUUGCUUCCUCCAUCUUUUAAGUUUUGUGAAGUUAGAGUUGUAAAGAAGAUGCUAUUAUUCGUUAAUCA